AUGUACACCCAUAACAUUAGGCUCCAGCGACCUUUUACCCCUCGGUUCUCCUCUCUGAUUUGGAGACUUCCAGUCCCCAUCUCCGGUCAUGGGCAGGGAGGUAGGCUGACGAAGGCGAAGGCGGUGCCGAGGAAGCCAUCGUUGAGUUGCUCUUCUCAUGAAUCUUCUUCUUCUACUGAGCGAUACUGGUACCAAUCUUCAAAGUCGAUUCUCGUGCCUGCUGAUUUAGCCAGCAAAGCUCCAUUGUUUCCAGCCUUUUCUCAGGCGGCUGUUGGCCUUAGUUGGGUCUAUGUCUUGAAGAGCACCCCUACUAAGUUUGUCCUAUUUUCUUCUUCUUCUUCUCAGCUUCCUGGAUCUGCGAACAACGCUCCCGUUUCUGCUGGUUCAGGUAAGCCGUUACCAUCUCGUAAAAUUGAAAAGAUUAGUAAAGCUGAUGUUGUUGAUGAGAUGAAAUAUUGGGAGAACUCAGUUGUUUGUUAUGUUACAAGUGCAAACCCUCCUCUCUAUGUUGUUGAGGGUUUUGUCAAGAGAAUUUGGAAAGAGCAAGUAAUUGAUAAGAAAGGUAUGGUUAAUCGUGGAUUUUUUCUGGUUCGAUUUAGUUCGAAGGAUGAUCAGGAAAAGGCUUGCUAUAUGAAUGGUAUUCUCUUUGAUAAGAAGCCAUUCAUUGUCAAACCCUGGUUUCCCAAAAUCUCUAUAUGAAAAAUCUAGCCUUACCCUGUAUGGGUUAAAUUUCCUAGGUUGGAUGUUAUGUACUGGAAUGAAAUGACCUUAAAGAACAUAGUGGGCUAUCUUGGUACUGUUUUGAAAAUUGACAAUGCAACUAUUUCUAAGACUAGAUUGAUGUUUGCUAGAGUCUUAGUUGAAAUGAAAAUCAAUGAGGGUUUUCCAGAAGAGCUCUUUUAUUCGGAUGAAAAUGAUGAAUUGGUUUCUUAACAUGUGCAGUAUGAAUGGGUGCCUAUGUGGUGUAGUAAGUGUUCUCAGUUUGGGCACAUUGUUGCUGACUGUCGUAUGGGCCAACCUAGACCAUCUAAAAACAUUGAUGUGGAUGAAGAUGGGUUUCGAGUUUACAAGAAAAAAGCCACUCAAAAGGCUUCUGAGAUAGCUCAGCCUUCUGCCAUAAUAGAUGAGCCUCCUAUUUCUAAGGAGAUUAAUGCUGUGGAUGAUAGAGGAGACCUUCCAGAUGCUAGUGACUCUUUUGUUGUGACUGUGGGGAAUGGGUUCAAAGCCCUUGAGGACUUAACUGUCAUGGAUAAUCCAAAUGUUCAAGAUAAUCCAAUAAGAGCACUGGGGGCUAACCCCAUCUCGGGGAAUGAUUAAUGUGUGUGCGUGGAAUGCUCGGGGGCUCAAUAAGGUGCAUAAACAAUUUGAGGUUGUUCGCUUCCUUUUUACCUAUAAUAUAAGCCUUAUUGGACUUCUCGAAACAAAGGUAAAGAGGAAGGAAUUAGGGGCUUUUUACCUUUGUGUUUUCCCUAAUUGGUGUGUCACAACUAAUCUAGCAUGGCAUGAGGGUGGUAGAAUUAUCGUUGGUUGGAUGAAUGAUGAUGUUCAGGUUAACAUUCUUGUUUGCACCAGUCAGCUUAUUCAUAUAGGUUGCGUUCCUCAGACUGGUUCCCCAUUCUGUUGUACUUUUGUUUAUGGGUCCUCUGCUAGACGUUAGAGACUAAAGCUUUUCUAGGAUUUGGAGAAUAUUAGUUCUAAGAUCACCUCAUCAUGGCUUUUGUUGGGUGACUUUAAUUGUAUUGAAAAUUUUGAUGAACGUAUGGGUCAACCAGUUAGGCUCCAUGAAAUUAAACUACUCCGUGACUUUAUGGAAUUGUGUGGUGUGCAUGAUCUUCAGUAUACUGGCCAUUUCUUCACUUGGAAUAAUAAACAAGCUGGAAGUAAGCGUGUCAUGAGUAAGAUAGAUGGUGUCCUUGGUAAUGAUCUAUGGGAAGAAACUUUUCCCUUGUCAAUUGUCUCUUUCUUACCUGAGGGGACUUUUGACCAUUCACCUAUCUUGGUUUCUUCCUCCAUCCAUCACAAAGGCAAAUACCCCUUUCGGUUUUUCAAUUGUUGGAGUACUAAAGAGGGUUUCAUAUACACUGUUCGUGAGGUGUCGAAUAGCCCAACCAAGGGUCACAUUAGCUUCUAGAUUAAUCAAAAAUUGAAGGCGUUGAAGAAAGAGCUUAAAAGGAGAUUCGGUAGGACUCAACUUCAACAUGAUGUUCAUAGGACUGAACUUCAGCUUCUGAGUAUCCAAGAAGACUUACAUAGUUAUCCUGCUCAUGAGAGACUGGCAAUUCUAGAAAAGAAAAUUAAUUGUUUGCUUCAAAAAUUGAAAUCUGAUCUUGCUUCUUCUUAGCGUCAUAAGGCUAAAAUGAAUUAGGUACAAUUUGGUGGUGAUAAUACCAAGUUUUUUCACCAGAGUAUUAAAUAUAGAAUUAGAACUAAUAGAAUUGCUCAUCUCCAUAUCAAUGGUAUUGAUAUCAUGGAUCCAGCUUUGAUUCAGAAAGAGUUCUAUUCAUUCUAUUCUAAUCUUUUGUGUACUGAGCUUUUAGGGAAAGGGAAGAUAAACUUGAACAUUGCUCGUUCAGGUCCUAUUCUAUCUGAUAUUCAAAGAGGCAUGCUUGAUCUUUGGUUCACUAAAGCAGAGAUUAAGGAAGCUAUGUGGAGCAUUCCGGAUGAUAAAUCCCUUGGUUUAGAUGGCUUCAAUAGUAAAUUCUAUAAAACGGCAUGGGAUGUUGUGGGAGAGGAUAUUACUCAGGCCAUAUCUCAGUUCUUCCUCAAUGACAAAAUGUUGUAGUCCUAGAAUACUACUAUCACACUAAUUCCAAAAAUUCAAUGCCCUUCUCAUCUAGGUGACUUUAGACCUAUUUAUUGUUGCCAUGUCAUUUAUAAGUGCAUUGCCUAGUUGAUUUGCUCAAGGCUCAGGUUAGUGUUGGAUAGUAUUAUCGACCAUGCACAAGGUGCUUUUGUGGCUGGGCGAAGUAUCAUGCAUAAUAUUUAAUAUGUUAGGACCUAGUAAAACAAUAUUCACAACACUGUGCUCCUAGUUGUCUUCUCAAAGUAGAUCUGUGCAAAGCCUAUGAAUCAGUAGAAGGAAAUGUUGGUUGCCUUGAAUUUUCCUCACCACUUUAUCCAGAUUGUGAGCUCCUUGCUGAUAGGUUGAUGAAGAGAAUCAAGGGUUGGCAGGCUAAAAAUUAAAUGCAACUCGCGUUCAGAUCAUCAAUUCCAUUUUGAUGGGAAUCUCUGCUUAUUGGUGUCAAAUCUUUAUCAUCCCUAAGGGGGUGAUCAUAUGCAUCAAUCCAAUAUGUAGAGCUUUUUUGUGGUUUGGUGUUGCAGACUCUAGUAGACCUAGAUUAGUUGAGUGGAAAGAGGUGCGCCAACCAAAAAAAGUUGGUAGCCUGGGCAUUCGUGACUUAUUUUUGCGGAAUCAGAUGGCUGUUGGUAAAAUUGCUUGGCAUUUCUUUAUGAUGAAGGACUUAUUGUGGGUGAGAUGGGUUCAUGGAAUCAAAUCAAAGGUGGCAUUUGGGAGCUCUUUAAUGCCCUGGUCAAGGCUACUUGGGCUUUAAAGAAAAUUUGUUUUAUAAAGGACUCACUAAGACAAUGGGUAUUUUGUAACUCUUAUUCAAUUAAGGAGAUCUACAUGGCUCACUUUGCAGGGGUCUAGAAGGUCAGAUGGACGUUCAUGGAUUGAAACAAACUUUCUAUUUCCAAGGCUCGCUUCUGUUGUUGGUUAGUGGCUAAGGGUAAGUUUAAGACAAGGGAUAAACUGAAAACCUUAGGCGUGACUGAUGAUGACUCUUGUUCUCUUUGUACUGCUUCUGUGGAAACAGUCCACCACUUAUUUUUUGAAUGUUCUUUUAGUCAAUGCUGUUUGGAAGGUUUGAGAAAAUGGUUGGGGAUCAAAUUUAAACCCUUGGAAUCCAUAGAAUUCAAGAGAUAUAAAUUGAAUGUACUUCAACAGCA